AUGGGGCGAGGAAACGUGGCUCAAUCCAGCAUUUCCGCCGACGGCCAUCGCCAGACAUGGACAAAAUCCCCGAUUGAUGAUGCAUACCAGGCCUCUGCGGCCCCAAUCAAGACAUCCGACAUAUGUCAAAGGGGAAAAGGGGCUUCCUUUCCUCGACCGCCUGUUACACCGAAACAAGACACUGUUGAUUGUUCAGACUCUGCGCCAUACUUCGUCCAUUCGAAACCAUCACCGAGAUGCCCAUUUCUAUCCUCAGUACUAACAGGGCUGAGCGUUGUACAAACCCCUCCUGAAACUGGGUUUUUCCUGACCUCAAAGGGCCUUCGUCAGCCACAUCCACCCGUGCGCAUCAUCAUCAUAUCCGGCGACUCGAACUCAAUGCAAGCCCUUCGCUUAGGACACAUGGCCGGGUUACGGCCUGAUCAGGUGUUUCGCGGCGAAGACAGAUAUCCUCCAUCCAUGAGGUCGAAGGCUGGCAAACUGCUUGGGACUCUAGUGGAAUCGCAUACUCCUGAAGACGCCUCUCCCACCUCUACAGCUCCAUACACGAAGUAUAUGAAGAAAAGAGUGUCGGGGUACGGGGAUAACCGGCGGCACGGUGACAGCAACCAUGAUGAGGCUGCAACAUCCACCACGCCCGAAUUCUUGGAGUUGGAGAAUCCAAAUUCCGCCCGCAAACGAACCCCGCGUCCCUCGUCACGAGAGACGGGAAUCCAUGUAUACAGUCCUCCCUACAGUUCAGGAUUCCUGGUCUAG